CAUCAACACACUGUCAUAGCUUACAUGAUUGCUUCAUUCCGCGAGAUUCGCCCGGAUUGUCUUUGCCUAAUCAACCAUCAGCUGUGACGCCGUGAGCUAAGUCGACACGACGUCCUGUGAUCUGUGACAAAAUAAUGGCGAAAUCAACCUUAUAUCUUAAAGUCAUUUUUUCUCAUAACGUUUUCGCAUUAUGAGGAAGGGAGGUUCUUGGCAGCGCCCGAUUAGGCAAAGCAUGGACUUGGCCACCUAGCCAGGUUUAGCUUGGUCAUGCUGCGCCUUUGAAGCCUGUACAUUAUAAAGAAUUACUACAUCACUUGCAAGGCUGUGUGCCGUUAAUCCUUAGAAAGUAGCGGCUAGGUCAGAAGCAAGCGCUGCUCCAGUCUAUAACGGUCACUUGCUUUCCGCAAGGCUUAAGUAUGGAGGUCUUAAAAGCCAUGUUUGCUGCCCUGAUGGCCAGAGGCGGCAACAUGCCGGGUCAACCAUCAGGACACUUGCCAAACUUGCCCGACAGUGAGGACCAGAAGGCCACAAGGCGAGAUCGCCUCGUUGCAAAUCAUAAUAUUGGUCUUCAACGUUUCAUCCAAGAUUUACAUGGCGAGCCCAGUCGGCCCUACUCGAGCAACGACACGCACAUGAAGCCGGCCUCCGAGUUUCCAACACCUCCGGCCAUCGAUGCCUGCGCGCCCAUCGCUAUCGCUGACCUGCAUCCUGGUGUCACGCAUCGCGGCCGGGUGCUGCGCGGGAAGCUGCUGGUGAAACCCCUCCUGCUGGCGAGCCUGGCAACGCUCCUUGAGGACGAGGAAGGCCAAGUCGUACGGGUGUUUGUUUACAACAUGCUCCCCCGCAACAUGGAGCCGUUAACAGGGCUGCAUGAGGGCGGUCGGCUGCUGCCGGAGGGGCGGACUGUGGCCAUCAUCGAGCCCUUCUACAAGAUCAUGGAGGAUGGCAUGUCGGGUGUCCGAGUAGACAACCCCGCGGAGGUGCUGCUGCUGCAGUCGCUGUCGCCCCCCGACGCCGCCGCGUUGCAAGCUGACGGCGAGCGACACCUCCAAGCCGCGCAGUACGAGGAGGCCGCCGAGUGCUUCGCCCGCGCGCUGCAGCGCAUGCCCGAUUCGGACGGGUCAGGCAGCCGGCUGCUGCUGGCGGGGCUGCUCAACCUGUCCGCCACCCAUCUGAAGCUGGGUGAAGCGGCCCAGGCGCUACAGUGCGCCUCCGCCGCGGCCGCCCUGCAGCCCGACACAAGCAGGGCGCACCACCUAGCGGCACUAGCACUGGCAAGAUUGGGGGCACCCCUGGCGGCCCGCUGCGCCGUGCACCAAGCCUUCGAGUGCAUGCCGGUUGGGGGACCCGGGCGCAAGGAGCGGCGGCGCAUGCUUACAGAGCUGGAGCAACACCACCUGCAGCAGCAAGAGCGCGCGGAUGUGCAGGCGCCACUCAACCCGCAGCAGCUGUCUGAGGGGCGAAUGGAGCUGCUGCGGCUGCUGUCCAAGACCGCAACCCUUGGUCUCCAGUCAGCUGCUACCGGCCCCUCCGCUUCCAGCUCGAAUACUGGCGCAGCCGCAGCAGCCCUAGUUGAGGCAGCUGCACAAGAGCGGUCUGGCGACGCCGCCUUCCUCUCCGGGGACGUCCCCACGGCCCGCAGCCAUUACCACGCUGCCGCCGGGGCGCUCCUGACCUGGCUGCCCGCCGCCCCGCUGCUGACCCACCUUGCCACAUGCCACCUACAGCGCUCGCGACCCAAGCAGGCGCUGACAGCAGCCACCGCGGCAGCCUGCCUGGACCCCGCGGCAGCCGAGGCGCACCACACGCGGGUGCAGGCGCUGAUGCAGCUGGGCUGGCUAGCGGAGGCGAGGGCGGCAUGUACGGCAGGGCUGGCGGCGGUGGAGCAGGGGCAGGGCUGCGAGGCGCUUCGGGAGUUACAGGAGCGGAUUCGGACGGCGAGUAAAGCCAAGAAGGCGGCUGCGGGACAGGCAAGCAGUGCUGCUGCUGCUGCUAAUGGUGGUAAAGGUGGUGGUGGCGGUGCUGGCAGCAGCAGCAGGAGCAGCCGCAACAAGAAGGAGAGCUGCGGCUCAGAUCAUGAUGAUAGCACGCCGCCCGAGAUGCGCAAGGCAUCCGUGGAGAGUGUGUGGACAAGUAACACGCUUGCUGACCUGACAAAGCGCUUCCCCGGCGUUACGAAGGGCAUGCCGCGGUUGAAGCAGGAGCAUCCGCUUGCUUGGAUGGCGCUGCAGAAGGACGACCGCGUGGCUCCCUUCCAUGAGGAGUUCAGCAAGGCCGGCAGGUGGCCCGCGCUGUGCGAUAUGGAGCGGUGCGGCCGAAAGCUGUGGGAGGCGUACGAGCUGUGCCGGAGCAUGAACAUGCAUUUCUAUGCCAUGGCGGUACCCAAGGGUCUGGAUCCCGUGGAGGUGGCCAUGAUGAGAAUUGGCGAUUUGGAGAUGAUGGAAGAGCGUCUGAACUGGCUGAUCAGGGCCCCGGAGGGCACGGUGGCCUUCCGAGAGUGUCGCGCGCCCGGCAUUAACCCCGCGGAAUUCCAUAGCUUCAACAACGCCCAGAGCGCCACCAUACCCAUGCCGCCGGGCGCGCCUGCUGGCUCUGGAAACGCCGCCGCCGGCCUCACCAGUAGCGGCAGUAACAGCCGCGGCGGCACGACAGCAGCCCUUCCUGCUGACGGCGCUGGAGCCCCCGGCAGCGGCCCUCGCACCCACGUGGCUGUGGGGUUCGGCGAUCUGGGCAGCUUGGCUGCUGCGGUGGGGCUGCCCGAGUGGGACCCGCAGGUGGAGGCGGCGGUGCGGGAGGUGGUGGAAGCGGCCAGGAGCGGUGCAGCCGGCGGCGGCGGCGGCGGCAGUAGUUCCUCCCCUGCUGCUCCCCAGCUGCUGCGCUGGGUGGGCUACGAGGCGUCCGCCUACACAGUCGCAAAGACGCUGGUGCUGGAGCGCAUGUUGCGGUCGGGCGGGCCCGCCGCCACGGACUAUGUGCUGCAGGUGUGGUUUUCCUCCGUGUGGAGCCGCGAGGCGCAUGCCGCCUUCCGCCGCGCGCUUACUGAGCUGAUGAGGGAGCAGCAGCAGCAGCAGCAGGGGGUCCCGGGGGCGGGGGCGGGUGUGGGGGCGAGGGGUGCCGCACAAGAGCAGCAUCUGCAGCAAGUGCCUGCUGAGGUGUUGCCGUACCUGCGGCACUGGCAGCUGAGGGAUGUGGGGCUGGCGGACAGCCGGCAGCGGUGGCUGGAUGGCCGCAAGCGCACGUUGGGCCUGGUGGGAGGGUUCAAGGAAAAGUCCGACCGCCUGGCCCUGUGUGAGUACCUGCUGACGGGGCAGCUGUCGCAGCUGCUGAGCGGGGCCGGGGGCGGGGGCAGGGCCGGGGGCGAGCUGGUGGGCAGUGUGGUCAUGUUUGUGGUGCCCAGGGGCGGGCCGGAGCGGGCGCGGGACGAGAGCUUCCUCGAGGCGAUCCCUACCCACGAGUUGUUUGCGGCGCGGCUGGGCAGCGGUGGUGACAGCACUGGCUGCAAGGCGGCUAGCGGGGGCCAGCAGGCGCAGCCGGAUGUUGUGUCCGCGGGUGUGGCGCUGCUGCGGCGGCGCGUGAGGCGGCUGGCGGCGCUGCUUGCCACUGGACGGGUGCAGGUGCAGCUGCACCUUCGCGCCGUGGAGCCCGGCGACUCCGCCACCGCCGCCUCCAUCUCCUCGCUGCUCCCCGCCUCCAUCAGCUGGUCCAACGUGCCUGACUACUACCACCCCCGCGAAUUCCACGCCAUGGCCCGAGCCUGCUCCGCCCCCUGCAGCAUCCCGGCGCCGCCCACCGUGCAUUACAUGCACUCCAUGAACUGGGUGAUGGACGUCAAGGGCGCCAGCCAUCUGGAUAUGCUUCUGGAGUACAAGCUGGGAGGGACAUGGCGCGAGCAGCAGCGGGCGGCGGAGAGGUCCCAGGUGCCUGAGAUGCCCAAGGACCUCAGCCAGAGGGUGCUGGCGCUAUACGUGAUGGGCAGGCGUACCGCACACGAGUCCAUAUCGCGGUACGGCACUCUGCUGAUGAGCGACCCGCCAUUGGACAUCCCUCGCAACGUGGCGGACUUUGGGCUGAUUCUGGAGCACUAUGAGGCCUGGGUGAACACUUUCCUUGCGGCUGGGGGCCUGUGGCAGCAGUCCGCUGCCUCCCAGCAGGCGGUCGUCACGGCGCGGCCGACCUACGGCCCCGUUGCGCGCUCAAACACCACGUUCAGCAUGAAGAUCGUGUACGGCAGCUGAGAUGCUGCCGUGUAGUAAGCACGCUGAGGCGCCCAGAUCCAAGGCGAAGCAGGAAGCAUAUGUGUGCGGCUGGGAGGAGUUAGUUACGGCUUUGCAGCGGCAGGUUGUGGGUUGCAUUGCUAUGGACCGUGCGUUGAGUGACAUGCGUGGGAUAGCAGGCAUUACACGAUCGUACUUCUACGCACAUAUCGGUAGCAUGUGUGCAUGACCGUGCGUUUAACCUAAUAAACGAUUGCGCAUGCCCGCAUGGAAAGGUGUAUGAAGCUACAGAACCAGCAUUAGGUGCAUUACCCAUAGCGCACACAGCGCACGGAGGGUGCUACCGGCGGUAUGUACGGAGAGAACUAUGUUCGGUUUGGUUGCUCGCCUUCUGUGUCUCCAUGCUGUGAACAAUGGAGUGGUGAGUUCAUGAUGGUUCAAGGCUUAGCCCCAGUGUCAUGCAGUAGCUCGAGGCCCCUCCUUGCUGCUGACACCCGCUUGGGGACUGUAAAGGUUCCAGUACGGAACACUCAAGUUUUGUUUCGUCGUCUACCUGGGUGCACAGAUGCGCGCUAAAGAGCAAGCUCUGACCACUUACGUCGAGUGUGCGUUGUGUACGUACUAUCAGACCGCAUGUUUGCUUGCCUGGGAGCGAGUGGAGGAGUUUGCCAACGUUCGGGCAACUACAUAAGCAGGCCUGCUGCGAGCCAAGCACCGAAUGACGAUAUGCCAACACAAAUCGACAAAGUCGGCUUGGUAACACAUACUUCACGGGCUGUGUGGGCCUAUUGAAAUAAGAGUCGGUUAGAUGGCGACUUUGAGCGGCAUGGAUUGGUAGUGUUG